AUGGAAUCACUGUACGAAAAGAUUUCACAAGUCACGUCUCGAAAGUGGAAGUACCAGCCUCUGGUAAAUCAUAUCGAAAAGAAUAGCGGUUACAGCUACAAAUCGUGUCUCAUCAGCAUCUGCCUCGCCGCUGUCUUAUUCUUGGGCGCCAUCAUUUCUUGGAGAAUCUCAUCGAAAACAGCCCCAACAAGCUGUAUACACCCGGUGAGACGAAUGGAGUGGAGAGAACUGAACAAGACACAGAAGCAAGACUUCAUCAGCGCUGUCGUCUGUCUAACUGAGAAAAAGUCGCACUUUGAGCCAGGGAGUAGUCGUUACGAUGACUUUGCCUAUAUGCAUGUCUUCGAAGGCACUGUCACGCAUUACGCAGCUUCAUUCCUACCCUGGCAUCGAUAUUUUAUCCACACAUACGAAAAGGCAUUGACGGAGGAGUGUGAUUUUCACGGAUCCCUGCCGUACUGGGACUGGGCAUUGGACGCCCAUGACCUUGCCGCCUCUCCGAUAUUUGAUCCUAUCGAUGGUUUCGGUGGUAAUGGUACAAGCCGAAGCUCUUUACCCGCGAUGUUUGGGGGCCAUUGUGUUACAGAAGGUCCCUUUGCGAAUGCAACCCGCCACUGGCAGUCGAAAUCCAAUGGACAUGGAUUCGAUAUCUUGAAGAAUCCUCAUUGUCUCAGCCGGGGAUUCCAAGGGGGUGAGAAAAAGACCAAGUUGGAAAAUCGAGUCACGAUCGACGCUAUCAUCAGCGUGCUGAGCCUCCAAUCAUACGAAGAAUUUGUCGAUGCUCUUGAAGUCCAAGCUCACAACUCGAUACCCCAGUUUGUGCGAGGGGACUUUUAUGGGUUGACGGCACCAAAUGAUCCUGUGUUUUAUCUGCAUCACGCCCAGGUAGAUCGUUUAUGGUGGCUAUGGCAGCAGCAGGAUACCGAAAGCAGGACCAAGACCUAUCAAGGUCCUAGACAAAAUACCAGGGUACAUGCCAACGAGUCCCUGUCGGGAUCCAGUUUGGACGAUGUUAUGUCGCUGGGCAAUCUGUCAGAGCCAGUUCGGGUUCAUGAAGUGAUGGCCACUGAGUCGGAGAUUCUUUGUUACCGCUAUUGA